AGCGAACCGACCGGAGGCGCGGCAGUCUCGUCGCGUCAGCUGGACGUGCCGCUAGUCUGUACAACACAUCACAAUGUCGCAACAAGGGCCCGCGUUCGACGUCAACGCGAUGACGCUGACGCGAUGGGUGCUGGGACAGCAGCGGACAGCACCGACGGCGACGGGAGACCUCACGCAACUUCUCAACUCUAUCCAAACGGCAGUGAAGGCCAUACAGUCGGCCGUGAGGAAAGCCGGCAUCGCUAAACUGCAUGGAAUCUCCGGCGACACAAACGUUCAAGGAGAACAAGUCAAAAAGCUGGACGUGUUGUCCAACGAUUUGUUCAUCAACAUGCUGAAAUCUUCUUACACAGCUUGCUUGCUCGUAUCUGAAGAAAACUCGUCCGUCAUAGAGGUAGAAACAGAAAGGCGGGGAAAAUACGUAGUAUGCUUCGAUCCACUGGACGGAUCGUCCAACAUUGACUGUCUGGUGUCUGUGGGCUCCAUCUUCGCUAUUUUCAGAAAGAUCUCCAGUGGAGAUCCCAUAGAAGUCGACGCGCUGCAACCAGGCCGAGAGCUGGUAGCGGCUGGUUACGCGCUCUAUGGCUCCGCGACUAUGAUGGUGUUGUCUUUGGGGAAGGGCAAAGGUGUCAACGGAUUCAUGUACGAUCCGUCAAUUGGAGAGUUCAUACUCACAGACCCAAACAUGAGGAUACCGGAGAAGGGCAAAAUCUACUCCAUCAACGAAGGUUACGCGGCGGAAUGGGAAAACGGGCUCAAGAAGUACAUAGAAGACAGGAAGCAGCCGAAGACCGGCAAGGCUUACGGGGCGCGGUACGUGGGCUCCAUGGUCGCUGACGUCCACAGGACCAUCAAAUACGGAGGGAUAUUCAUGUACCCAGCCACCAAGUCUGCGCCAAGUGGAAAGUUGCGUCUCCUGUACGAGUGCAAUCCGAUGGCGUUUAUAGUAACGGAGGCAGGCGGUCUGGCCUCCAACGGGAAGGUCCCGAUCCUAGACAUAGUGCCGACGAAAAUACACGAGAGGGCGCCCUGCUACCUCGGCUCCAAGGACGACGUCGAAGAGUUAUUGCAAUACUUGAAAUAAACUGAUUUGUUUUCAAAUGAAUUUAAUAAAAGUCUGACAGCUAGUCUUCAAUUUUGUAAAACAA